AUGACGGCUACUGUGAGACGUCCGGAGGGAGAGCCAAUUAGAGAAGUGGAGGAGGAACCGGAGGAUGUGGAGACGGGGUUAGAUUAUGACGAGGAGGAAGAAGAGGAUGAGGAGGAGGAGCCGGAGGAUGUGGAGACGGGGUUAGAUUAUGACGAGGAGGAAGAAGAGGAGGAGGAGGAGGAGCCGGAGGAUGUGGAGACGGGGUUAGAUUAUGACGAGGAGGAAGAAGAGGAGGAGGAGGAGGAGCCGGAGGAUGUGGAGACGGGGUUAGAUUAUGACGAGGAGGAAGAAGAGGAGGAGGAGGAGGAGCCGGAGGAUGUGGAGACGGGGUUAGAUUAUGACGAGGAGGAAGAAGAGGAGGAGUACAAGGAUGUGGAGCCACGACGCACCCCGAGCAAGGAGCCAAGAAAAAUUCCGCCGCCGCCGUGA